UCCAACUUUCAAAAUGUGCAAACUUUUCGUCGCCGUUGCCCUUCUCGCUGUCGUUUAUGCUCAUCAAAUGCCAUCAGCUGAUGAGAUGAAGGCCAAGCUCGUUGAGGGUGGAGUCUCCGAGGCUGCUGCCGCUGGACUCGUUGAAAUCGGAGAUAAGUACAAGAGCCAAUUCCAGGCUCUCACCAAGGGAGAUCAUGAAGCUGGAAAGAAAGUUUUCGAUAGCAUGAAGUCCGAGUCUGAUGCCUACAUCGCCACCCAAUCUGAAGCUGAUCAGACCGCUUACAAAGCAUUCGUUGAGAAGGCCAAGGAGCACUUCCAAGCUCACAAGGAAGCUGCUGCUGCCGAAAGUGCUUAAAUAUCAAUUUUUUUGAAUAUGGAACCAUUUUUUAUUUGAAAAUAAAACUUUAAUUUCGCG